AUGGACGAUUUGAAACUGUCAUUUGAUGAGGAGUAUAACCUGAGAGUGUUUGAUCCCACAAAGUUUUCAACAUCGGAGGCAGUGAGGCAUAAAUCAGAGGAAUUUGCAACCAAAAUAAAGGACUUUCAAAAGUUGGUUUCGGAAGUUAUGCAAAUAUUAGAAAGCCAAGGAAAAACUAUUGAAGAUGAAAAAUUAAAAGCAAUCGGAAUGAGAAAUUUAGUGAAAGGGGAGGAAGAUAGAAGAAAAAAUCUUCUUCGAGAAUACAAUCAAUUAAUUGCUGACAAGCAUACAGAAUUGGAAAGAUAUGUCGAUGAGCUUGAAUCUUUAAAGAAAGUCGAGCAAGAACAGCGAAAGCUUAUUGAUAGACUGAGUAAUAACGAACCUCCUGAGAUGGAUUAG